AUGAAUUUGUAUUGGAUAGUGGUUGGUACGCUGCUUUCUGCGGGACCCGGUGUCGAGCCCGGCUCUGAGAAGUUGCGGCUGCAACUAGCAAGUGUGGGAGAGAGAUUCGCAGGAUUCAAGUCGUGCAUUGCAGAAGAUACAAGGAGGAGACGCCUACUCGAAGCAGAAAGAUACAGGCAAAUCCAUCAAGCAGUACAAGCGAUUGAGAACGGAGUUGCGGUAGAAACGCGGAGAAGGGGAGAGGCCAGCAAAGGCGCCCUCGACCAUCUUAUAACGCGUUGCGAGGAAUUAGAGCAAGGACUCUGCAGCCUUAAAGGAGAGCAAGCAGAAAAACUCUCACGGGAAGCUGCAGAACUGAUGGCUUGCUGCAAGGCCACGAGAGCGGCAUUCGAAGCUGAAGUGCGCUCGAGGAAUGCAAGGGAAGACGCGGCAGGGGAAAAGCUCGAGGAACUCGCCAAGAAUUUGGACCUAAAAAUUGAGAACGAAAUCGCGACGCGCCACCAACAACUUUCAUCUAUCAAAAAGGAGAUUGCCAUGCUCCUCAGGGGAGACCAGUCGCGAGAUCAGUUCCAUACGUUCGUCAAAGAGGAACUGGAAGAGCUGCGUGCGGGCCUUGCAGCUGCCACGCAGGCUCGUGAGGAGGCCGAUGAUGAGAUAUUACAGGCCAUAAACGAAUACACAACUGCACUGCAGAGGGGCCUGCAGAAUAUCGGAGGGCUGACCACUGGCGCAGCCAUGGCGUAG